AUGGGGAAAGCAUCCGCGUUCUCCAUGCUCGCUGAGACUGCGGAGGAGUUUAUCCAGCUCGAAUGUGCGCGGCGACGGAAUCACGCAAGUCUUAAGCCUCGGGUAUCACAGUUCCACGUAUCGGCUCACAAAUCACGUCUCAAGGAGAAGCUAGCGCAGACUCGACGACACGAAUUCCUACUUCGUGCCGAUAACAAGGCUGCCCUGGUUAGUAUUAUCGACAACGUCCGCGAACUCGCAAAUAUUGGAGAGGAAAAAGGCGAUGGGAGCAAAGCAUCGCUACGCAACGGCCCCAGUCCGCUAGAGCGCGAUCGCUUUAGGUCUUGGGCUGCAGACGUCGAGAGCCUUCUAUUUGAGUUUGAACCUAGUGAAUUUCACACCAACGAUCCUCUAUUACGCAUAGUAGAGCGUUUCCAGUUUCUCCAGGAUGGCCACGUGUGUCUCGCAGAAGUGGCGAUGGACGCCAGAUCCCUUCUUGAGCGCUGGGAUCGCGCUGGUAUCUUCGACUCAGAAUCCUCCAGCGAAGACGAUGAUGAUGAUAACGACGACAGGAGUGAGCUGGUGCACUCUAAUGGUGGCUUUCUCUCUCCUGAUCCCGCAAAAGAAAACCUCCGACAGUUAGAACAGUCGUAUGCCUAUCGAAGUGUUCGGCAACGUGCAGCAGCAAGUAUCAUCAAGCGUAAUGUGCUCAUCUGGGUGCGAUCCAAGGCUUCAUUUUGCGAGCGUGUUGCUGAAAUCGAGAUCUUUGGACGUACCACUGAGGCACUUCUCAAGGAACUUCGACUGACAACCACCGCUCUUGCUGGGGUUAACAUAAAUGGAAACUCUGAUCUAUUUGCCCUUGCAACUGGACGAAGCGACCUGAAAUCGAGAUACAAUGUUAGUAUUGCUUUCAAGGACUUACUGCAAUUCUCCAAGCACAUGGCACUUUAUCCGGUUGACCAGGCUCUUCGUACUGUGGAAGAUGUAACUCGACGCCGAUAUCUCUUCGACUCGCGGUGUGCAUUGAAAAUCCAAGCUGUGUGGCGUCGAGUAGGAGCAACGGUACGAGCCCGGCGACUUCGUCGAGCUGUGGAGGAAUUGCGCUUGAAACGGGAAAAAGAGGCUCAAGCAAAGCGCGAUGCUGCUAAGGAAGCGAAAAAGAAGGCUUCUGAAGGGAAACGUAAGGUUGUCAAAGCGCUGAAGAGGUCGAGUACAAAGAGAUCGUCCUUGAUUUCUUCAGCAGUCUCCAACUUAUCAUCCAUAUCGUCUGCUCCACUAGAUGAGAAUCCAGAACCACCGAAAGAGGUGACACCACCUGUGAGCCAGGAACCAGCAAAAGAUACCAACGAGAAGCGAAAGCAUUCUCCACCUGUUCCACCCAUAGACACAUCAAAUCGCCGAGUUAGUACCCGUGGCAAGACCAGCGAAGACAGGUAUACGUCACCGACAUCAACUCCUCGAAGAAGACAGCGAGCAUCUCAAUUCAUUGCUGCGAACAACCAUGACAGUGACGAUGACACUACGGAUGUUGAAGCCGCCUGGAAGUCAUUUAUGGAUACUGUUGCGGUGGAAUUGCCAGAAGAGGCUCCAGAAGAAGCUAUAGUACCAGACGAGGAACUAGUGACGGACCCAAUACUUCCCACAUCACCGAUAGAAAACACUUGGGAGGCAUGGUCGGAUGACGAGAAUGAAGAGGGGAAUAACGAUCCAGACGAUAACGUUAGUCGCCCACCCACUUCGUCGACCCCACCAACGCCAAUACCUCCCCGAAUCAAGAUUGUGGUCUCUAUCAACAAGAAUGACGUGUCUGAAGUGGAAACUACAGCUCGUCCACUACCUCGAAAGGAAUACAAGGCACCUAGGAGAACUCAAACUCGACCUUAUACAAAACCAAGUGCUCCAGCCAUUAGACCACCGUCAUCUCUUCCGUUUGAUGCGACGCUGCAGAAUUACACAGGCCCAUACACUGGUGCUGGUCAGCUGAGCUUAAUGGCACCUUUUAUUGACGCUGAUAGACGCAAAAAGUCACAAGUUAGCGUCGCUCCUGAGCGCAAACACUUGUACGAACUCGACUUCAGUACCGAAAAGAUGGAUACCUCGUUCCUUCACGCUAUCCAAGCCUUAGGAGUGUUUCAUGAACCAGAAGAACCGCAAGUAGAGGACAGACCAAAAGCAUCUGAGAAGGUCGAAGCUGUCGUCGAAGUCCCGCGCAACCUCUCUAGACGGACAACGGUGGCAAGACUUCGAAGCAUCACUGGAGAUGAGGAGCAAAGAGCUCGAGUUCGCACGAUACUUGAUCCCAACAAUCAAGAAAAUGAGCAGUCUAGCGACCAGCACCCACAGCUUUCUCUUCACCGGGGUAAAACAAACCAGCCUGGUUACAUCAUCUAUGACACACGGGGUAUGAAGGCACGACGAGAGGUAGUCUUGCGUAAAGGUUCAAGAGCUUAUUCGCCGCUGUCUGCGCGACCUGAAGAGGAGACAACAAACGCAGUCGAUUCAGACGGAAAAGAAAGCAAAGCGUGGCAUCGCUCUACGAUCGCAGCGAUUCCAGAGGCAGUAGGGAUACCACAUCCUCCUGUUGAUCGCUUCCGAUCUCGUCACAAAAGACGCCAGAACGGGUCACAACGCACCCUCACUAACACUACAAACCCAGUAGAAUCAAUCGAUCCAUCUAUGAAAAACACACCCAAGAAGGCAGAAAAGCGUAACGAGCUUCCAUUGCUGCUACGUAAAUCACGGGCAGCUGCACGUCGACGAGGGAUUGAGAUCCCAUUGCCAGAAGAUAACGAAGAUCACAACGAAAUUCCGGCUCCCGAUGCAAAUAAACAAAUGUGGAAGCGCGGUGGGGAAUUGCCGGAAGUAGCACUGGCACAGAUCCGCGAUCGUGUGGGGUACAAACCGCGGUCGGCGCAUCCCAAACGGAUGUCAAUCAUUGCUGGACGUGCUCCUCCCGCACUGGGUGGUCAGGGCGAUGACAACAAUUUUCCGACCACGGUCUUAAGUGCACUUAACGAUCAGCAAGAAAUGAUAUUUUCUGUUGACGAAGAAGACGAGCAAUACCAGGAUAGCGAUAUAUCCAACGAAGAUGAUGGUGAAUACAGUUCGGAUCCAGCUCAUAGUGACGAAAGCAUCGGAGGUGACCAAACAAGCACGGACGGGGUGUAUGAUUUCAAUAGCGCUCCAGACGAAAACAGUGACGAGUUGAGCGAGGAAUUCCGGCUUCUACAUUUGGCGAGUCAGGAGCGCAAGAUCAGCCGUCAUCGUUCAUUGCUCGGUCAUCUUCAGAGUGAAGAAAACGCUGUUGUAGAGGAUACCAGACGAAACUCCAUAGACGUCGGUCCGCAGCAUCAGCCCAAGCGGAGAUGGCCACGGAAUCGCAACCAGAGGCGAAGUGUGAAGUUAGUGGAUGAAGAAAGCGGCGUCGCCACCGCGGACGAUGUAGACGUAUCUGUUUGGCACUACAGAUCAAGUGACGAGGAUACGGACGCUCGCUCGCACCGUCGACUACGUGUCAAGACGCGAGAUGCUAAAGCGACCCCUUUUGAGGAGCUUAGUGAGGACGAUGAGUAUGGACACGGCAAUGAACAAGAGGGAGACGUGGGGAUCCGACUUGGCAUGACGCAAAAGGAGCGCGAUGUCGCAUUCCAUAAACUUCUUACUCAGUAUCUUGGACUGCUGCAGUGUGCGCCGGCAGAGGUAGCACGACGCCUCCGAGUCCCCAUUUGA